AUGCAGAAUCUGUCUGUGCUUUCUAUCAACGUAUCUUCCCCAAAAAGCUUCUCUGUGAUCAUCAAGGUGUGUGUGGUAAUCCCAUUUUUCUGCAUCUUCCUGUGCAUCAUCGCUGUCAUGCUGCAGAUCUUUGCCUCUCAUAAACAGUUUUUGGACACUUCCCGUUACAUCCUGUUUGCACACAUGCUGAUCAACGACACCCUGCAGAUCCUGUCCUCUGUGCUGCUCUUCCUCUGUGUGAUGGGUCAGGUCAAGUUACCUCUUCUGUUCUGCGUCCCUCUGCUCUUAGUGUGCACCUGUACCUUUCAGAACACCACCUUUAUCCUGGCUGCCAUGUCACUGGAGCGUUAUGUUGCCAUUUUCUAUCCUCUGCAGCGCCCGGCCUCCUGGCGCUCAGACCGUAUCUGGAUCAUCACUUUGCCUCUGUGGAUCAUCAGCUUCAUAUUCGCCAUUAUUGAGCUUUUCAUUGGGAACCACAGUCCCACUGUAGAUGUCCUCUCUACCAGCACGCUUUGCAAACCUACAGUUAUCAACCAGUCUCCAAUCCAGGGAGUUUAUCGGUUUGCUGUGUAUGUACUUUCCUUUGCAGUGGUAAGUGUUAUCAUCCUCUUCACCUAUAUGAGGAUUGUGAUGGAAACCAGGAAGAUGCGGCAGGACAGAGCUUCAGUGAGCAAAGCCAUGCACACUGUGCUGCUGCACGGCUUCCAGCUGCUGCUGUGCUUGCUGGCUUUCACCCAGCCCAUCUCCGAAACUCUCAUUGGGCUCCACACUAACUGGCCGGCUGAGGAUGUCGCCUUUUUUAAUUUCUUCUGCUUCAUCCUGAUACCUCGCUUUCUCAGUCCGCUCAUUUAUGGCUUCAGGGACCAGAGUCUGAGAAAGCACAUUGGGAACAGGUUUCUCUGCUGCUCAAAGAGAGAUAAGCCCUUCUUCAAAUAG